CGCUGAUAGAGAGGUUUUUCUGCAGUUCUCCAUGUAAAAACUGGAUCCAAAAGUUAAACAGGCUUCCGUCACAAACCAAGAGCAGUGGGAAGAGAUGCUUGCAACCAAGGGUUUAACAGUCGUAGAUGUGUAUCAGCAAUGGUGUGGUCCCUGUCGUGCUGUGGUUAGUCUCCUGCGAAAAAUAAAGAAUGAACUGGGUGAUGACUUGCUUCAUUUUGCCACAGCUGAAGCAGACAGCAUUGAUGUUUUGGAGAGGUAUCGAGGGAAAUGUGAACCCACCUUCCUCUUCUAUGGGGGUGGGGAGCUGGUGGCUGUACUGCGUGGGGCAAACGCUCCCAUGCUUCAGAGGAUGAUUGUGGAGGAGCUAGCCAAAGAGAAGCUGGUCCUGGAGCAAGGUGGUGAACGCAAAGUGGUGAAAGAUAAUGGUCUGACAGAUGAGGAGAACAAAGAAGAGGAGGAGUUGCCACAGCAUUUAGAAAAUGAAGAAAGUGUAAUUGUCCCUGCCAGUAAAUCCUACACAGUUGCCAUCAUUAAACCAGACGCCGUUGCUCACGGCAAGGCAAAUGAGAUUAUUAUGAAGAUUCAGGAUGCUGGCUUUGAGAUCCUGGCGCAUGAGGAACGCACGCUAACGGAGGCUGAAGCUCGAGAUUUUUACCAACACAAAGCAGCAGAGGCGUGCUUUGAGGAUUUGGUGCAGUUUAUGUCCAGUGGUCCCUCCCAUAUUCUAGUACUCUCUCAGGUAGAGGGAUCUGCAGCCGUUGUACCGGCAUGGCGUGAGUUUAUUGGCCCAGCAGACAUAGAAGAAGCCAAGAGAGAAAAGCCAGAAAGCUUGCGGGCACAAUACGGCACAGAGACACUGUUCAACGCAGUGCACGGUAGUGAGGACAGCGACCAGGCCAGCAGGGAGCUCGCCUUCUUCUUCCCCAACUUUCGGACGGCCUCGGUAAUGGAGCAGGAUGGGGAGGAAGAGCAUGUGGAGAGGACACUGGCUCUCAUCCGCCCCGACGUUGCCAGGGAGAACAGAGAAGAGAUCUUAGAUCACAUCCACAAGUCUGGCUUUAUAAUAGCCCUUCAAAAAGAGGUGAUGCUGUCAGAGGAGCAGGUCAGACAGUUUUACUGUCAACAUGUUGAGGAGGACUACUUCCCUGCACUGCUCCAAACCAUGACCAGUGGGCCGGUGCUGGCUUUGGCUCUUGCCAGAAAAGGGGCUGUAAGUCAUUGGAAAGCCAUCCUCGGUCCUUCUGACAUCAAUAAAGCCAAAGAGGAGAGUCCAGACUGUCUAAGGGCCCAGUUUGCAGUGGAAAAUAAGCCUAUCAACCAGCUCCACGGCAGUGGAAGCCGUGAAGAGGCAGAACGAGAGAUCAGCUUCUUCUUCCCUAAACAACAGACUCUGGCAGUGAUCAAGCCAGAUGCAAUGGAGGAACACAGAGAGGCUAUUUUGGAGGAGAUUUGUGGCCGAGGUUUCUCUGUAACAAGGCUAAAGGAGAUGUUGCUGUCAAGGGAGAUGGCUGAGGAGUUUUACAAAGAGCACAGAGAGAAGCCUUUCUUUAACCAGCUGGUGGAGUUCAUGUGUCGGGGACCCUGCAUGAUGCUUGUCCUCACUAAGGAAAAUGCGGUGGAGGAGUGGAGGGCCACGAUGGGUCCCACAGACCCGAACAAGGCAAAGGAAGCGUCCCCAGAGUCUCUGAGGGCUCGCUUCGCUGCAGACAUCCUCCAUAACUCAGUUCAUGGUUCUUCCAACGAGCAGCACGCGGAGGAAAAGAUCCGUUUUAUCUUCGGUGACAUCAGCACAGAUGCAGAGCUCACCAGUGACGAUCCCAUUUCAGCUAAAGAGGAAGAAAAGGCUGCAGAGAAAAACACAGAAAUUAUACAAUCUUCAACUGAAGAAAUCUCCAGUAGCAGAGAAGAUGACCCACAAACAGGAGGAAGCAUCGAUCCAGAGCACUCAAACUGAAUCAUCACACCUUGUGUUUUCUCUUCUAUUAUAAGCUUAAUGUGUAAAAUCGUGGGAACAACAGAGCGCCUG